UCAUCUCUACUCUAUUUUAUCUUUAGAAACCGUCAAAGUCUCUACACGGCGUUCGUGAGAAGCCCUUGAAUAAAUUUGUCUUGCCGGCUGCCGUGAGUCUGUCUUUGUCUUGUCGGGUGACUUAUCUCUCGUUUUCCUCGUGGAACAUGUUGGCUUGCUUAUCUGUUACCUCAAUUGCAACACGGCUCAUUGAAACUAUUGGUUUGUCACUUAUCUUGCGGGCACAGCAAUAACACCAAUCCGUCGCGGAUGCAUUUCUUUCUGUGAGAUGCUUGAGAGGAUAAGAAGCUAGUGUGAUGUUCGAGCGUCUUGAUUACGCGCCAGUGCAAUGUCUUCCGAAACUAGUGCAGUGAAGAAUCUGGACGAAGUCGAGAAGAGCUCGCAGCUCGAGAACUAUGAUGACAAGCUCGGGCUAGGUUCACUCGAUACUUCUGACGGUGAUGCGGCUCUUCAGCUCGUCGGUGCACAGGCAACGGUGCACUUCAGCGAGGAGUACAACCGAAAGCUCAGGCGCAAGCUGGACCUUGUCAUCCCCCCCAUUUCAGCGGCUGUCUACUUCUGUCAAUAUUUGGACAAGACCUCACUGAACUAUGCGAGUAUCAUGGGCUUCCCGAUCGUGAACCAGAACUACAACUUGGUAUCCAUGGCCUUCUACCUGGGUUACCUCUUUUGGGAGUUUCCGACCGUCUAUAUAUCGCAGAAACUUCGGUUAGCCAAGUAUCUCGGCGGCAACAUUGUUGUAUGGGGGAUAUUGCUCAUGCUGCAUGCCUCAACAGACAAUUUCGGAGCCUUCUUUGCUCUCAGAUUCCUUCUGGGAAUGUGCGAGUCUUGUGUCGCGCCGUGUCUCAUUCUCAUUAUCUCAAUGUUUUACAAGAAGGAUGAACAGGCACUGUUUGGUGGUUUCGUGGCAUACGGUAUCUCGUUCUAUGCCGGCAAUGCUUUACCGCCCUACAAAAUCAUCUAUAUACUACUUGGUGGUCUUGCGGUCGUUAUUGGCAUAAUCGUCUUGAUCUGGCUACCAGAUUCCCCAGUCAAUGCUUCCAUGCUGACGAAGGAGGAGCGGAUUGCUGCUCUUGAACGUGUCCGGAACGAUCAAGGAGGUACGGAAAACAAGAAAUUCAAGAAGGACCAGGUCAUCGAAGCCCUCACGGAUCCUCGCACAUGGCUUGUUGUUUUAUCAACGAUAUUGACGAGUAUCCCUAACGGAGCCUUGAGUAACUGUAACAUUUCUCCUAGAUCAAAGCAAACCCUGAUUCUUUCCACCCCUGGGGGAAUUAUUGGUUCCGCAAUGGUGAUUUUCUGUGGAUGGUAUGCUGAUAAGAAGAACGAGCGGAUGGUCCCCAUCGUGUUUGCAUUGAUUCCUACCAUUGUCGGUGCAGCUAUCCUUAUUGGCAUGAACGGAUCCUCUAACAAGGGUGUUCUGCUCUUUGCGACAUACAUCAUCGGUACCUUUGGCAGCGCUCUUUCCACGAUCUACGCAUACAACGCAAGCAACACCGGUGGCCAUACCAAGAAGGUGACGAUUAACGCAAUGACGAUGGCCACUUUCAGCAUUGGCAAUAUCAUCGGGACUGAGAUAUUCCAGCCUAAAGAUGCGCCAGCUUAUAUUCCAGGAAAGACCGCGAUUAUGGUUUUGUUGAUCGUGCAGCUGUUCGUCUCGUUUUUACUACGCUGGAUCAAUAUCCGCUUGAACAGAAAGCGAAAAGCUCAUCUGGCGGACUUAAAGGCGCAACGGGGUUGGACUGAUGACGAUGUGCAAAAGGAAAGAGAGCGUCACGCAUUUGCUGACCUUACUGAUAGACAGAACAUUUUCUUCGUAUACACAUGUUAA